AUGGACUCUUCAAGAAGAAAUAAUUCUGAGGAGCAAAGGUGUAUACUGGGUUUGCAAGAUUUGAAAUUAUCUAACAAAGACGAAAAUGAUACUGAGCAAGCGCAAAGUACUUCAACAUCUUACAUUACUGGUCAAUCAAAGUCUCGACCUGUGGGUGCGAUAGAGAGCUUUACUUUAGAUAAUUCGGCAAAUCGUCAGGAUUAUAGUUUCUACGAACGGUCCAAUGUUAUCGCAGCUUCAAAAUUUGCAACCCCUAAGCGGGUAGAAACUAUCGCGUCGAUCAAUAAACGGGACAUAAACACUACUGCGCUCCCAGCUAGUCCAACAAGAUCUAUAGAUUCCGUAUCUCAGAGGUCAUUGAGCUACCAAAGUGAGGAUUUAUACGAGAUCCCAGGCAAUACGACUGCUCAGUAUCCUCAACCAGUGUAUGAAAAUAUAGAUUAUUAUACGGAACAACAGUUGUCCCAGCCGCCCUAUUAUCACCAACUGUAUCAGAGCCAGCCUCUCGCGGCCGAAGGCUACUACGACACACGGUACAGCAAAGCGCAGCCACAAGUGCCAGUAAAUAGUAAACCAAAGCCAUUGGUGUAUGAAAAUAUGCUUUGUCCUGACAAAGAUAAGAAAGUCGAUUAUAAAAUGCAGGGUAAUGUAGAUCAACCAUAUAUACAACAAGGCUCUGUUCCUGGCCCACAGGUCCCAAAUACUAGCAUGAAUAGGAUGACUUCCCAAAGGAUUCUUAGGGAUAAACCUAAAGUUGAGAAGGCUCCACCCCCACCACCAUAUAACAAUUCAAAUGAUAACUCCAGCAGCAGUGACUACACAAUUAUGAAGUCUGCUCCUCCUAAGUAUAUGGAUGUCAGUGCUCUGAUAAAAAAUACUAACUCAGUAAGUUUUGACAAUAAAGCUGUGACAAUUCCUUCAACUGCCAUCUAUGCUUCAAUCGCUCCAAGUGCUCAGAGACCCAAGGCAAAUAUUGCUACAGAAGUGCAAGUCGCAGCGGCUGCAACUGCUCCAAAAUAUUUUCACACAAAGCCACCUAUUGGUAAUGGUCUAGGUAAAGUUAAAGUGACGGCCAUCAACGGAAGCUAUGGUACAACACCAAAACUACUGCCUAACAGAAUGCAGAUUGUAGAAGACACUAAUGGUUCUGAUUAUGUUUGUAUGACCGGUGGCUCCCCAGCUACAACUACCGCCUCUGCUAAUAAGGACAAUGUCUCCUUAGCAUCGGAAUCAAUUUCAUCUAGAAACUUAGUAUCAGGAUUAACAUCUUUGUGUUCACCGGCUCCAUCCCCCGCACCGAGUCCUACCCCUAGUUCAGUAUCUCAAGUUUCCGGUGGAUCUCGAGGCUCUGGAGGCAGAGGGAAAAGUUUACUACCUUAUAGUAUUACCCCACCCCGCCCGCCAGGACCUAGUGAAGCUCAACGUAAAAUUGAAGAGCUGACACGGCAACUUGAAGAAGAAAUGGAAAGGCAAGACGAGGAAGGGGAAUAUUUUGGUAUCUGCCAUACUUGUGGGGCUGGUGUGACGGGUGCCGGCCAGGCUUGCCAGGCUAUGGGCAACCUUUACCACACCAACUGUUUCAUAUGCUGUUCUUGUGGAAGAGCCUUACGUGGCAAGGCCUUUUAUAAUGUACACGGCAAAGUGUACUGUGAAGAGGAUUAUCUGGUUAGCGAUACAAAUUACUCAGGAUUCCAGCAAACAGCUGAGAAAUGUGCAAUAUGUGGACAUUUAAUAAUGGAAAUGAUCCUUCAAGCAAUGGGCAAGUCCUACCAUCCCGGAUGUUUCCGUUGUUGUAUUUGUAACGAGUGUUUGGAUGGAGUACCUUUCACUGUUGAUGUUGACAAUAAGAUUUAUUGUGUGAAUGAUUACCAUCGAAUGUUUGCACCUAAAUGUGCUAGCUGUGGAAAAGGUAUAACUCCAGUAGAAGGCACUGAUGAAACAGUACGAGUUGUGUCUAUGGACCGCGAUUUCCAUGUUGACUGUUACAUGUGUUGUGUUUGCGGCAUGCAGCUCACAGACGAGCCCGACAAGAGAUGCUAUCCACUAGCUGGUCAAUUGAUGUGUCGAGCCUGUCAUCUGUCCACCAUAGGAGCGUCAACAGGUCCCGGCAUGCCACCAGCACCACAUCUCUCACCAGCCUCAUACGAGGUGCAUCGAUGA